ACCUAAAACUCGUGAAACAUUGUGAAAUUUUAAAACUUGAAGUUCAGAUGAGAUAAGUAGAUACUUACAGAUUGUAUCUAUUCAGUCGUGUGGUCUGAUACUUUUGUAUUGAAAUCAUCAUGGUUGUCCGCAAGUAUGAAGACGAACUCGAGUAUCUCGAGAAAAUCAAUGACCACUGCUGGAGGAUCAAGAAAGGCUUCCAACCCGGCAUGAACGUGGAGGGCCGCUUCUAUGUAAACAAACCUCUGGAAGAUCUUAUGCUGGACGAGUUGAAGAACUCCUGCCGGCCAGGACAAGUCGGUGGAUUCCUGCCCGGAGUCAAACAGAUUGCAAAUGUUGCUGCACUGCCUGGCAUAGUUGGAUAUUCAAUCGGUUUGCCUGAUAUUCACUCAGGAUAUGGUUUUGCAAUUGGAAACAUGGCAGCAUUUGAUGUGGAUGAUCCUAAAUCAAUUGUUUCACCAGGUGGUGUUGGUUUUGAUAUAAACUGCGGCGUCCGCCUGUUAAGAACCAACCUAACAGAAAAAGAUGUGCAACCUGUGAAAGAAAAACUAGCCCAGAGUUUGUUUGAUCAUAUUCCUGUUGGUGUUGGCUCCAAAGGAAUAAUUCCAAUGAAUGCAAAGGAUUUAGAAGAAGCGCUAGAGAUGGGUAUGGACUGGUCAUUACGCGAGGGGUACAUUUGGGCGGAGGAUAAAGAACACUGCGAGGAGUAUGGCCGAAUGUUGAAUGCAGAUCCAUCCAUAGUCAGUCAAAGAGCAAAGAAACGCGGACUCCCACAGUUGGGAACACUAGGUGCAGGUAAUCACUACGCCGAGAUUCAAAUCGUGGACGAAAUCUUUGACAAAGCCGCCGCAUCCAAGAUGGGCAUCGAGCAGAUCGGACAGGUGUGCAUCAUGAUCCACUCGGGGAGUCGCGGUUUUGGCCAUCAAGUCGCCACCGAUGCCCUCGUGCAAAUGGAGAAAGCAAUGAAGCGUGACGACAUUGAAACCAACGAUAGACAACUUGCAUGUGCGCGUAUAAACUCGAAGGAAGGUCAGGACUACCUCAACGCCAUGGCGGCAGCCGCCAACUUCGCCUGGGUGAAUCGCAGUUCGAUGACAUUCCUCACACGGCAAGCAUUCGCGAAACAAUUCGAAACCACACCGGAUGAUUUAGACAUGCAUGUGAUUUAUGAUGUAUCGCAUAAUAUUGCUAAAGUGGAGCAGCAUAUGGUAGAUGGGAGACCUAAGACACUAUUGGUGCAUCGAAAAGGUAGUACUAGAGCUUUCCCACCGCAUCAUCCACUGACACCGGUGGAUUAUCAACUCACCGGGCAACCGGUGUUGAUUGGAGGAACAAUGGGCACGUGCAGUUAUGUAUUAACCGGCACUGAGAAGGGAAUGACGGAGACAUUUGGCAGCACAUGCCAUGGCGCGGGUCGUGCGUUGUCCAGGGCAAAAUCACGUCGAAACAUUGAAUAUACCGAAGUACUUGCAAAACUGCAAGAGGCUGGUAUUUCGAUUCGUGUUGCAUCACCAAAACUUGUCAUGGAGGAAGCACCCGAGUCCUACAAGAACGUCACUGACGUGGUGGAUACGUGCCAUGCUGCCGGUAUCAGCAAAAAGGCAAUUAAACUGCGUCCCAUCGCUGUAAUCAAAGGUUGAGUCAAACUUAAACGUAAGUUACUACAUAAUCCUAAGCAUUUGUAUAAUUUGUAACAUUUAUAUGAAAGACUGGGCUGAGAUAUGAUGUUUUUUGGUCUUACCAGCAUUUACGUUGUACUAAAUUGUAUUUAUCGAUAAAUAUUGAUAAUUAUUUACAA